GGGGCCGAGCCCCGGGGCGGCGGCGGCGGAGCGGGCCGAGGGGGCCGAGGGCGCGAUGCUGCUGCUGCGCGCCGGGAGCCGCGCGGCGCUGAGCGGGGCGGGGGGGGCGCCGGCGGCGCUGCGGCGGAGCCCGCUGGACGCGCUGCACCGGGAGCUGGGCGGCAGGAUGGUGCCGUUCGCCGGGUGGAGCCUCCCGCUGCACUACGAGCACGGGCACCUGCGCUCGCACCUGCACACGCGGCGCCGCUGCUCGCUCUUCGACGUGUCCCACAUGCCGCAGACCCGCGUGCACGGCCGGGACCGGGUCCGGUUCGUCGAGAGCCUCGUGGUGGGCGACAUCGCCGAGCUGCGCCCGGGGCAGGGCACCCUGACGCUGCUCACCAACGAGAAGGGCGGUAUCAUUGACGACCUCAUCGUGACCAACACGUUGGAAGAUUACCUGUACAUCGUGUCCAACGCCGGCUGUGCCGACAAGGACUUGGCCAUCAUGAAGGGCCGGGCGGCAGAGCUGCAGGCGGCCGGCUGUGACAUCCACCUGGAGGUGUUGGACAAUGCGCUGCUGGCUCUGCAAGGUCCCUCCACGGCGCAGGUGCUGCAGGCAGGGCUGUCGGAUGACCUGGCUAAGCUGUCCUUCAUGAACAGCAUCACCACCACGGUGUUCGGCGUGCCAGGCUGCCGGGUCACGCGCUGUGGCUACACCGGCGAAGACGGUGUGGAGAUCUCGGUGCCCGCGGGGCGCGCGGUGGAGCUCGCCAAGCAGCUGCUGGACAUCCCUGAGGUGUGGCCGGCGGGGCUGGCGGCCAGGGACAGCCUGCGCCUUGAGGCCGGGCUCUGCCUCUACGGCAACGACAUCGAUGAGACCACCACACCUGUAGAGGCCGGGCUGCUCUGGACCCUGGGGAAGCGCCGGCGCGUGGCCAUGGACUUCCCUGGCGCAACGAUCAUCAUGGCACAAGUGAAAGAAAAGCCAAAGCGCAAACGCGUGGGGCUGACGUCGGUGGGCCCCCCCAUCCGGCCCCACACGGCCAUCCUGGGCCCCGAGGGGACGCCCGUGGGCACAGUGACCAGCGGCUGCCCCUCGCCCUCCCUGGGCAAGAACAUCGCCAUGGGCUACGUGGAGACGGCACACAGCCGGGCUGGCACCACGCUCGCUGUUGAGGUGCGGAAGAAGCAGCACCCAGCGCUUGUCACCAAGAUGCCCUUCGUGCCCACCCAGUACUACAUGGCCAAGUAAGGGAGCGCCCACCGCGGGCGCCCCAGCCCCAAUAAACUCCCCCACCUGCUCCCCAGCCUCCUCUCCGGCGAUGGUGACAAGGCAAGGGAUGGUGUGGGGCA